AUGACGACGACGACGACGACGACGAAUUUGCACCAUCAACGCGCGAAUCCUCACUCGAAAGCUUUAUCAUCAAAUUCCUACUCUCGUCGACGGAAAUUUGUCUUUUGCUUCGUUUUAUUCCUCGCGUGCGCGGGCCUGUUUGAGUUGAGAUUUUUGGAAAAGGAAAAGAAGUGGACUCCCGCGAGUCCUGUCAACAAUCGUGUUGCUCUUCAUCUUGGAGCAGGAGCAGGAGCAGCAGGAGCAGCAGCAGACGACGGAGCGUUUCGGAGACGAGAUGAUGCGGCGAGAAGAGUUCAAGACACUGAUCACGAAGACUACGCGAGAAACAACAAUAACAGAGAUGCAAGAAGAAGAAGAAGAAGAGUAUCUGAACCGAAGAAAGAAUUGUCCUAUGAAGAAGAGGAACAGUUGAGAAAGCAAAGAAUGGAGGAGCGGAUGGCGGGAGGGAAAGACGUUCGCGAAAGCAAUGAUAAGAGUCAACCAAAUCAUCAAGAACAUGAGAAACUAAGAGUAGAACACGUGGACUCGUUAAAUAAAAGCAGCAUAGUCUUUGCCGCGUUCGCUUCCGCCGGGUUUCACGAGUUUAUGCUGAACUGGUACGCGCACACGCAAAAGCUGAACAUCGGGAACGUCAUCGUCGCCGCGUUUGAUGCGGAGACAGAAAAAGUGUGUAAAGAGAACAACAUUCCGUAUUUAGGAGACGAAGAGUUGAGGUACACGCACGGCGUCGUUGCGACGGGUGGGCAGCCGUUGCACGAUCAAAACGCGAAAGUGACCAUGGUUGGAAAAGCGUUUCAACAAAUCGGUGCUUUAAAGGCGUCUUUUUUGUUGCGAUUGAUGCAGAAAGGAUUUAGAGUUUUAGUAUCCGAUUGCGAUACGGCGUGGAUGAGAGACCCGAGAGAGUGGUUCGUGACAAACGAGAUGGCGAAAUACGUGGACAUGGCAGUCAGUACGGACUGCUUGUCCUAUAAGAACGAAGAGAAAGUUAGGGGAUGUUGGCACGAUCAAUUCAACACCGGGAUUUUGUUCUUAAAUCCAACGGAAAAGACGAAAGGGUUCUUGAAAGACUGGCAAGUGGCGUUAGAAACAACCACACACAAGUUUGAACACGAUCAGGACAUAUUCAACAGAUUACUACGCGAAGGCGCCGGUUUGCGGCCACCACAACGGUUGGACGAAAUAGACGUCGAGAACAGGAAGGAAGGCGCUGAGCGGCACGAAUUGCACGUCGCGUUAGCGUCGAAGGAUUUGAAGUUGGGCGCUUUACCGCUCACCUUGUUUACUUCAGGUCACGUUUUCUUCAUUCAGCAAACGCACUUGCACUUAAACGUCGAACCUUUUGUGGUACACACGACGUAUCAGUUUUCGCAAGCGAGAGGCAAACGACAGCGCUUGCGCGAACAUCAGUUAUGGUUGAUCGAUGCGCAGGAGUACCACGACGAAGGCAACUUCAUAACGACUUCAGAGAAACCACCGCAGGAGUUGUUAUCGAUUGGCAUCGAAAAUCAUUUAAAACUUGCCUCGUGGUAUCGAUUGGUAUUGAGGAAUCUGUUCGCAUAUGCGGAAAUUUUGAACCGCAUUCCCAUCCUUCCUGAAUUCUCGUGCUUGUGCGAUCGAUACUGGGGUAACGUCCUUCCACAAUGUUACAUUCCAGGUGCGGACAUUCAUCCUCCGUAUAAUAAGUGUCCAAUGGACCACGUGACGAACUUACCAAAUUUGGAACGCGCCGGUUUAAAAUUUCGCGAGUACUCGUUCUUAACUAACGAGCAAACGAGCGACAAAAUCAAGCAGAGCGUCGAAACGGUUUCCCUGUCUCGACAGUUCCCAACUGACGAAGAGAUUCGAGAUCAAUUAGGCAGGAAAACUGAUAAGAGAGUUCUAGUGCUCGAAACCGCGAGUAAAUCAUUUUGUACGUUCAAAGAUGAAAGCAAAUCGAAGGCGUUCGAUUCUAAAAUGCAAACCGGAUUAGAAGCCGGAAGUCAUUUUUGCAAACAUGGCGGUUCGACUGGACGAAUAUGCGAAAUUGGAUUCACAAAGCCAAAAGGCGUGAGCCAGAAUAGAGAUUGCGAUAGAAUGCGUAGCGAAGACUUUGACUUUGAGAAGUUUUAUGAUAAACUUUGGGAGCACAAAGAAUAG